CCGCGCUAGUUGUCGUUUCCCGCUUAAACGAGUAAAAUUCGAACUUCGAACGCGAAACUUUUUUUAUUUCUUUCUUUUUCACGCGCGUGCCAGUUCCAUUUUUUGGAGGGUUUUUUAUAGUGCAACGAAUAUUUUACUGUGAUGUUGUGAAGUGGAAGCGGUAGUGGAUGGAAUAUUGAUAGUCAACUUCUGAAGGAUUUUUUACAUUGAUGACAUUAAUGUAUUAUUAAAAAUUUUACGACAUGAGGAACUCCAGUAGGAGAAAGUUCAGUGAUAUGUUAUUGAAAAUGGACCCAACAACAUGGUUGGCAUUAGCGUUAGCAGCCGUCACACUAGCAACACCAGCCUUGUCAAGCGAGCCGCGCGUGGUGUGCUACUACACCAACUGGUCGGUGUACCGGCCCGGCACGGCGCGGUUCAACCCCCAAAACAUCAACCCGUACCUGUGCACGCAUCUCGUCUACGCCUUCGGAGGGUUUACCAAGGACAACACUCUCAAACCCUUCGACAAGUACCAGGACAUUGAGAAAGGUGGUUACGCGAAGUUCACGGGUCUGAAGACGUACAAUAAGAACCUGAAGACGAUGCUGGCCAUCGGCGGGUGGAACGAAGGCUCCACGAGGUUCUCGCCCAUGGUCGCAUCUCGAGACAAGCGGAAGGAGUUCGUCAGGAACGCUAUCAAGUUCCUCAGACAAAACCACUUCGACGGCCUCGACCUUGACUGGGAGUACCCAGCCUUCCGCGACGGGGGGAAGCCCAAAGACCGAGAGAACUACGCCAAGCUCGUGAGAGAACUACGAGAGGAGUUCGAGAGGGAGUCAGAGAAGACCGGCAAACCUCGCCUGCUGCUUACCAUGGCCGUGCCAGCCGGUAUCGAGUACAUACAGAAGGGAUUCGACGUCAAAACGCUCAACCAAUACCUCGACUGGAUGAACCUGUUGACCUACGACUACCAUUCAGCCUUCGAGCCCGCUGUGAACCACCACGCACCGCUCUACCCCCUCGAGGAGCCAAACGAAUACAGCGUCGACAAUGAACUGAACAUUGACUACACGAUCAAAUUCUACCUGGAGAAUGGUGCUGACCGGGAUAAGCUGGUCCUGGGUAUCCCUACCUACGGGCGCUCCUACACGCUGUUCAACCCUGACGCGGUGGAGAUAGGGGCCCCGGCGGAUGGGCCUGGCGAACAAGGAGAUGCGACUAGGGAGAAGGGAUAUUUGGCGUACUAUGAGAUCUGCGAAGCGCUCAAACCGAAAACCAAGAAGCGUUCUCCUGCAAGGGAUUCAGAGGAGGAUUCAGAAGAAGAGUCUGAAGAAGAAGAGGAUCAACCCUGGACUGUGAUGCAUCCGAACGACAACGCCAUGGGUCCGGUGGCGUACCGCGGCAACCAGUGGGUCGGCUAUGAUGACGUGGAUAUUGUGAGGAAGAAAGCUGAAUAUGUGGCUGAAAACGGUCUUGGAGGUAUAAUGUUCUGGUCGAUUGACAACGAUGACUUCCGUGGAACAUGUCACGGCAAACCCUACCCGCUCAUCGAGGCUGCGAAAGAAGCAUACAUCGUCAAACUUGGAUCAACGGACAACGCAAUCGUGACGGACCGCCCCCGAGGGUCGACCACAGUGAGGAGCACCUCCAACCGCCGCAGGAACCGUCCGCGCAGCUCCACCACCACUACCACCACGCCGAAACCUUCCGCCUCCAAGAGCAACAAACGCAAGAGUGGCUCCGCAGUAAGCAGCACCACUCCAGCGUGGAACAUCGUCACACCCGAGCCACCGACCACACCAGAUCCCGGAUCAGACUUCAAGUGCACGGACGAAGGUUUCUUCCCUCAUCCUCGGGACUGCAAGAAGUACUUCUGGUGUCUCGAUUCCGGACCUUCCAACCUCGGCAUCGUCGCUCAUCAGUUCACUUGUCCUUCUGGCCUGUUCUUCAACAAAGCAGCAGACUCUUGCGACUUCGCCCGCAACGUGUUGUGCAAGAAGCCCAGCGCUACCACCAAGGCCCCGAAGCCGGAGCCCACCAAGCCUACCACCACCAAACCUACCACCACUACCACCACCAGGAAGCCCGUCAAGCUCAGCACUAAGAGCUCUUCGUUGUUUAGAACUACUAGUACUACGACCACCACUCCUGCGCCUGAAUCUGAGGAAGAAGAAUACGAAGACGAUUUGGAAGACGCAGCAGACAUUGAAGCUGAAGAUCCGAAGGUUAUCAAGGAGCUGAUUGAUCUGAUCAAGAAAGUUGGUGGAGUGGAGCAACUAGAGAAGCAGCUGCAUCUGUCGGAGUCCUCCAGCACAGAUGGAGCCAUCACCACCACGCCGACGCCCUUCAACAAGAGGCUCUACCAGAAGGUGCUCGAGCGGACCCGAGGGAAGAACAAGUAUACCGGUAAUAAUCAAAGCAGUGGACAGAACAGCCGGCGAGGACCACAGAACGCAGGUCUAGAAGCCACUGCUGAUAAGGACAAACUGCUGAAGAAAGAUCGGCCACAGUACACAACAAUCAACCGCUCGCGCCCAGCGUUCUCCACCCAGCUGCCUCUUGAUGACGAAGACCUGGAUGAUAUCGCAGUGGAUCCCCCUCGACAGUCCCUGGCGCGGUCGGUGGACGAGGGCAAAGUAGGCACCACAGCCAAGCCGCUGCAGUACGUCAAUAUCCGACGAGCUCGACCGCUGACUACUUCCGAUACAGCUGAUGAUACUGCAUCUAGAAACGCCCUAUUCGAGCGCUCCGAAUCGUUCGUAUCAGUUUCGGAGACUCCGAACACAUUGGACAUUGCGAGUGCGCGUCGUGAGAACAUUCCUGAAUACGUCACCAUCAGGAGACAGAGACCUACCACUGAGGAGACCGUCACUGAACAAUACCACAACACCGAGGCAGAGGACAGUCAAGAAACGGCUUUAGAAAGAGAGAUAUCUUCUCCUCAGCUGACGUCACAGCCUCAGUACACGUCUAUUGUACGAGUGCGCUCCACCACUACCCCUCCAGAGGACAACAGUAGUCCUGAUCCCACCACCGUCCUUGCUGUCCAAAUUUCCUCCUUACUAAACUCUCCUGCAUCAUCUGAAGUGGAAACACUUGAGGAGGAAUCUCCUGAGACAACAGUCGCUGAGGCAACCGAAGCUGUCGCAACAACGACUACUACUACUACCACGACCACGACGACAACUCCCGCCCCUUCGAGUGCCCCUACGCGUCGUACGGUCCUACGACGACGGGGCUCAACCACGACUACACAAGCAACUCCAACAUCCUCGACAACCCAGGUGAGUUCCAGGAACUAUACUUUCGUACGUCGUCGCCGCCCGCUCGCGCAGCCUAAUGAAAUAGUUUCGGACUCAACAGACGAUCCCGAAUUUUCUAGAAAGGUCAGGUCCACGACACCUGACAGUAGAGAAGUUGAAAAUCGUAGGGAAACCGGACCAACUCGUAGGUUUAGGUCUAGGUUACAGACGAAUGUUGAUGAUUCUGUUCCUGCUGCUGCGUCCCCUGUGUCCAGAGGACAGUUUAGACCUGAAUUAAGCCGUGAUGAAGUAUUAUCAUUAACUCCCAUUGACGUAGAAUUGCCCCAAUUUGUUCAGAAACCAUCUUUCAGUUCAAGAUCUGAGAGACGGUUCCGUGGUAGGACAACAGCAGCUAGUAAAAUAGAGGACAGUGUGGCAUCAGCUGCUACAGUUGAAGCCAGACGCCCCAAUAUUUUGCCCCGAGGUCGCAGUCGCUUUAGUCCUAGUUCUACUACAUUAGCAUUAGAAGAAUCUGAAGCAUCUGUAGCAACUGAGUCUACUCCGAGCCAGAAACGGCCAACUUUUGCUAGGUUUACUCCGCGACCAUUUGCUAGAACUUCUGCAACUGUGGAACAGCAAGAAGAUGAAUCAGACACAGUAGUAACUCAAAGAUUACCAACACGUUUGCCAUUUGGUAGAACUAGGGUUACUGCAUCGAUUGCACAAUCGACAAGUUCAUCUUCUGUACAACCAAGGAGAAUACUAUUUCCCUCCCGUCAAUCGAGUACUACUCCUCAAGCGUUGGCUCUAGAAGAUGAGGAGGAGGACUUGGAAGAAAACAAAGAUGAUAUUUCUCUAUCUGAAACUGCAGUAGCUGAGAAAGAACAUGAACAAGAAUUCGAUGAAAACUCAGACACAACAGAAGAGCUGCCAAAACGUAGAAUAGUUAUUAAGAAGCUUAGAGCACCAGUGAGUACUACAACAGAAAGUAGUAUCUCUACUGAAGCAGUUCAGAUUUCUGAUGAUGGCAAAAAGAGAUUCAGGGUUAUUAGAAGACGCCCAUCUUCAACUUUCCCUCCUACGGAAGAGCCUGCUUCUAUUACUGAAGCUCCAGCACCGCAAAGAAUUCGUAAAGUAAUUCGUAAGAAAAUAAGACCCGCUGAAGAUGAACCGGAAAUUAUAGCGAAAUCAAUUGGCUCCUUGAAUUCUGCAGCUAAAGAUACGACUACAGAAAUUGUAGCUAACUAUGGUGAAAAAAGUAAGCCUUCUACUAUACCACCUCCCACCGAAGCUCCCACUGAUCUAAAACAAGAAAUUGAAACAACUAAAGAAGAAAUCAAGCCUGAUUUUGAAGAAAAAAUAAAUAGCAAUGAUACAGAACAAAAGCAAGAUGUAAAGGAAAAAGUGGAAUCCAAUUCCCAAGAAAGUCAGCAAGAGGUUGAAAACCCCGUAGAAGAAAACCUGGCUAUCACUGAAACUGAAGCGAAGCCACAAGUUUCUAUAGAAACUGAAGAAAAAGCUGUCGAUUUAUCUGAGAACAAUGAGGGGGCUGCUUCCGAAGAACCACCGAAAGAAUUAGAAGAGUCUUCACCAGAGACUACGACAACUACUACAACACGGCAACCUACAUCCACUGUGCGAAGCAGGCUACCAUACCGCCCACCAAAACGUACAUUCACAUCUACAACCGAGUCCGUGCCCUCAAGCAGCAGGACUUUCAGCCGCAAAUUCAACCCAGGUGUCUAUACUAGUCCGUCAACAGUUGAUAAAGAAACGAGCAAACUGGCUCCGGCUCCGACUAGAAGGCCCUUCUCAUUUAGUAGGCGACCAACUUUUACAAGAACUACUAAGAAAGUGGUAGAAGAAGAAGAAGAGGAAGAUGAAUACUCUGAAGAUGAAGAUUUAGAUGUACCCGAACAAGAAAAUCCUUUGGUAUUGGUACCGCCAAAUCAAUUAUUUAGCAGGAGACCGCAACCUGGUCAAGAAAAUAAGGAAAGUGAUGAAGAUCUUGAUGAGGAAGAAGAUGAAGAAGAUGAACCGGAGCAACCACAAAGAUUCACUCCUAGAAGACCACCAACUUUCAAACCUAGAGUAGUUAACUCAAACACCUUUAGAACUACUUCAUCCACUACUGAAUUACCUAAACGACCAAGCUCUCAGAAUAGAACAGCAAUAUUUAAUAGGUUUGGCGCAAAACCUGUAAACGACACUAAGAAACGUGUGCAAAAUGUGCCAGUUGGUUACGGUUCUCCUUCAGCUGGUCAGCCAAAGACUCAAGAAACCUCUCAAUCUUCAGUUGAACUAGAAUCUGAGGAAGAUAUUACUACAACCAACGCAUCAACUGGAGAAACUGAAGCAACCACUGAAGAUGAUGACUACUUGUCUAUGACAAUGACAGAAUCUUCAGGAACGACUUUGACAGAUAGCACCACCACAGAAGACAUUACCACAAACACUAUUGACGCUGACUGGUUGACUGAGACUACCACUGGUGGAAUAGAGAUUGAUGAUUCAGAUGACUACUUAGAAUCAUCAGAAGGCACGACAAACUUACCAACUACACAAGAUUCCACUACACAAACUGAAAGUGAAAAGCAAACUGAGCCUGAAGUACAUGAAGACCAAACUUCCACCGAAGCAUAUUCUGAAAGCACUACAAUUGAAGCUAUUCCCGAAACAACAACUUAUGCGCCUACAGUAGCACCGAUAGUUAAAACUCAGUUCAACAAACUAUUCUCCGUUAGUAGAGUUGUAGAAGUAAAUUCGAAAUUAGAUAAGCAUCGAUUAAACAAGAAUAACGAAACAACGCUUAUUGAAGAGGGCAAACUUAUGGUUGAAAAGAAACCUACAGUUGAUAAAAUUGGUGAAGUAAGCAGGUUUAGUUUUAUUAAGAUUGUCGAGGAUGAAAUUCCAAUUUAUUUAACUAAAUUAGGACAUGUUUAUCCUGUAGAAAACCCACCGGAUCACUAUAUACGAAUUGAUGAAGCUAGAAAUGCUAGAGCUUUAGUUAAUUUUGCCGAUGCACCAAGAGAAAAUUUAAUAGCUUCAGAAAGUAUGAACGAACCUUACAGACAUGUGAAUAAAGUUGAAAAUCAACCUAAGGAUGACAUAGUACCCAAAAGUGAAGUAGAACAUAUUAUACCAGGCGACGACUUUUUAAAAUACAUUAAUGACGAUAAAAAGUCUAGCAAAUCUGAAGAAGACCAAGGUUUUGCUCAAUGGCAAUUCAUCCCUGCUGCUUAUGAGAAUGAAAAGACCAAAGCAGCAAAGAACUUUGAAGUUGUUACUCCAAGAGGAAUGCUUACUGAACCGUCGACGUUACCUUUGGAAGCCUUAUUUAAAACUGAAAACCCAAUGGCUAGGAAAGUUGGUGAGAUUGGAGACAAACAACCAUUUGUUGUGUAUUCGGCAUCAGUGCCAACACAAAAUGAAGACGCAAAUAUUGUUAAGCUGCAAGUAUUGAAACCUGAGACUGGUCGCAGUAUAAUAACUUUCGCUAAAGGCCAAGAGUUCCACGGAGGUCCUGUGACUGAACAUGCUACUGUCAAAUAUCCUAUCAACAUUUCAGUUGUACCAAAAACAUCAGAAAGCCCAUCAUCGUCAACAACAACGACUACUACUACUACCGAAACAGUGACCAGCCCUGUAAUAGAAAUGUUAACGACAAUAUCAUCAACAACAUUGACUACGGAACCAUCAACAAUCCCGCCUACAACUGAACCUUCAACAACAGAAACGAUCGUUGAAGAAACGACGACAGUGAAAUCACCUUUUGACAACAAGAGGUCUAAAUUCGCUUUCCCAAGACGACCUACGUUCAAACCAGCGAACAUAACUAGACCUACGAUUGUCCCCAGGCCAGCUAAGAAACUUAACAGCACUGUGUCGUCGAAUUUAUUCCAAAAACCGAACAAAACAUCUAAUUUUAACCCCUCCAAGUCUCGAUUCACUGCCAACAGAGGACAAAACGUACCGGUAGAUAUUAGAAAGAAGGGAAAUACGAAGGUGCCUCCAAAGAGCUUCACGACAGAAGCCCCAAGGUCGACAACCGAAAGGCGACUGUACGUGAAGCCCAUAAGGCCGAACUUGCGACCAUCCUUUGUACCUCGGAGAAACACAACGCCUUCUCCACAAACCACUGUUAAUACGUAAUCGAAAUAGUUAAGGCCAUUGCACACAUGAUUACAAAAAAUCGAAUUCAUUUUCAAAUUAAAAGUCAACUCACGUUAAAAGCACAUGAAACACUAUUGAUAGAAGAAUUAAGUAGCCAAUCAACUUUAUGUUUUAUCAAUUUCAAAUUAUCAAAGAAAGUUCUACAAAUGAUUGAUUCUAAACGGACCACAAACGGCCACUAGACAUUGCGCACUUACUUUUACUUGCGCAAAUGUCAAAUUGUAAUAUUGAUUUUUAGAUGGAUUGCUUUAAUGUAGCCUUUUUAACGCCCCUGUCGUCCUCUUCAACACAUCUCUUGAUCCAUUUCCAUUGGUUUUUUUUUAAUUCCAUUAACUUGAUUUGUAAUCUUGUGUGUAAGUACUAAGUAGUUUUAUAUAGCAAGUAACAUGUUGAGUCCGGUUUCUAACGCCAUAAAAUAUUAAGAAUUGGAUUUUGAACUGUAACUUCGGCAAUAUGUUGUGACACAAUUACUGACUGUUCAAUUAUUUUAGAAAUUAUGAUAAUAUUAGAAAUUAUUGAAAUAAAAAAAUCAUGCUAAUCGCUAUUUGAUCGAUAAUUCUUGAUUUUCUUCGUAUUAAGAAAAUUAAGUAAGUAAGUACUUUUGUUGGGUCCGAUUAUUUCAUUGGCGGGUUUGAACGCAUAUGCUUACCUAUAAAGUAAUACAUUCUUGAACAUUAUGUUAUAUGUAAAUAUCAACUCAACAGUUUUGUAGUCAUAUUUUUAGAGAUUUCAUAGCUUUAACUUAGGUUAGGUUUAAUGGAGGUUUUGUACCAAAAAAUGUAUAUUAUAAUAUGUUAGUUCGUUUUGGUAUUGAAGACUUUCAAUUACAAAUUGUCAUAGGUUAUCUAGCUUAGACUUAUUUAAUUUUUUUUAUAUUUGAAAAGUAAUAUUACUGAAGUAAUCGUUACCAUUAAUAAGAAUGUACAUACAUGAAUAAAGGUAGGAUUGGGCAUUUGUAUACCGAUGGAGAAAAUUGUAAUGUAACAAAGAAAUAAAAUUGUAAGUGGAUUA